GCAGUGUCACGGUGUAAGCCCGGAACUAUAGUUUUGGUUGUGUUGUUUUUUGUUUCCGAACGGUCAAGAUUUUGAAAAGAACUUUAAUUAUGGCGACCUUCAUGGCACAGGCGUGAAAUAUCUCUUAACUUCUCUUCACUUGUAUAAUUAAAUGUAUUUGAGCACAUAUUAAUAAUAGGUGUUAUGGGUGUAAUUAGACAUGUUGUGUGUGCUAUGUCUGGAGGGGUUGACAGUUCUGUCAGUGCAUUGUUACUCAAAAGAAUGGGCUAUCAUGUGACUGGUGUGUUCAUGAAGAACUGGGACUCUAAUGAUGAGAGAGGCGUCUGCUCAUCAGAGAGAGACUGUGAAGAUGCUUAUAAAGUGUGUAAGAUGCUGGAUAUGCCUUUCCACCAAGUCUCAUAUAUUAAAGAAUACUGGCAUGAAGUAUUUAGUAAUCUUCUCAGGGAAUAUGAGAAGGGCAGAACACCAAAUCCAGACAUAAUGUGUAACAAACACAUCAAGUUUAAGCACUUCUAUCAGUAUACAGUUAAUACUUUAGGUGCUGAUGCCAUGGCAACAGGACACUAUGCCCGGACAUCCCAGGAGGACGAGGAUGUUUUUCAACAGAAGCAUGUUCCAGCUCCCAGAACUCUCUUCAGAGACCGCUUUGAAAUUAGAAAGCCCGUGCGGCUCUAUCAGGGUGCUGAUCGCUUGAAGGACCAGACGUUCUUCCUCAGUCAAAUUCCCCAAGAUGCUUUGCGUCGCACAUUAUUCCCCCUAGCUGGGCUAACCAAAGACUAUGUGAAGAAGAUAGCUGCUGAGGCCGGCUUCCAACAUGUUCUAAAGAAAAAAGAGAGCAUGGGAAUCUGUUUCAUUGGAGAAAGAGAUUUUGAGAACUUUAUUCUUGAGUACUUGGAGCCAAAACCAGGAAAUUUUGUCUCCAUUGAAGAUGGGAAGAUCAUGGGGCAGCAUAAAGGCUGGUUCACAUUAACACUAGGUCAAAGGGCAAGAAUAGGAGGACAAGAAGACCCUUGGUUUGUAGUUGAUAAAGAUAUCACUACCGGUGAUGUAUUUGUGGGUCCAACCACUAACCACCCAGCACUGUUACGAGACACAUUACAGACAGAUCGCUUCCACUGGAUCACUGAAGAGCCGCCUGUUGAACUUGUCCGCACUCAGAUGAUGGAAUGUCACUUCCGUUUUAACAACCGGAUGCCUUUAACUCCAUGUACCGUAACCUUGAAUCUCGAUGGCUCAGUGUGGGUAAUGGUGAAAGAGCCACUGAGAGCAAUGACACCUGGGCAGUUUGCUGUGCUAUAUAAGGGAGAUGAGUGUUUGGGCAGUGGGAAGAUCAUUCGUCUGGGACCCACAAAAUUCACUCUUCAGAAAGGUCAAAACUGCAUGAACUGCCACCCUAAAGACACAAACCAACAACAUCCAGAGCCUCUCAGCUGAGACACAAACAAGCACAAUAACAAGAUCUCAACAGGCUUGUGCUGUGGAAAGAUGCUCUCAGUAUUUACAGACAUUUAGGCUGGGAGAAAAUACAGAAACUUUGAUAAUGUUUUGAAUUGUAUGUUGUAUGUAUUUUUAUUUCAAUUGUAAUUAACUUGGGAAUUAUAAUUUAUUUGUAUAAUAUAAAUAUUGAUUAUUGUAUUACUCUUUUCUUCUUCUUUUUUUUUUUAAUUUUUUUUUUUUAAGAUUUUAUAAAUGUAAAUGGUUUUAGUGCCUUAUUGUGCACCACAUCCUGAACUAUGCAAUCUUUCAUACAAAUAUUAAAGGGUUAGUUCACCCAAAAAUGAAAAUAAUGUUAUUAUUACUCACCCUCAUACCGUUCAACACCCGUAAGACCUUCAUUCAUCUUCGGAACACAAAUUAAGAUAUUUUUGUUAAAAUCCAAUGGCUCAGUGAGGCCUGCAUAGCCAGCAAUGACAUUUCCUCUCUCAAGAUCCAUUAAUGUACUAAAAACAUAUUUAAAUCAGUUCAUGUGAGUACAGUAGUUCAAUAUUAAUAUUAUAAAGCGACGAGAAUAUUUUUGGUGCGCCAAAAAAACAAAAUAACGACUUAUAUAGUGAUGGCCAAUUUCAAAACACUGCUUAAUGAAGCUUUGGAGCGUUAUGAAUCUUUUGUGUCGAAUCAUGAUUCGGAUCGCGUGUCAAACCUCCAAACUGCUGAAAUCCUUAAGAGAGGAAAUGUCAUUGCUGGCAAUGCAGGCCUCACUGAGCCAUCGGAUUUCAACAAAAAUAUCUUAAUUUGCGUUCCGAAGAUGAACGAAGGUCUUACGGGUGUGGAACGGCAUGGGGGCGAGUAAUAAAUGACAGUAUUUUCCUUUUUUUGGGUGAACUAACCCUUUAAGCCACAGGUUCACUUUGAGUUGGAGUUCUUUUCUCUGCCAUUAGAGGGCGUGAGCGCAUCACUUAUAGCUGGUGCUGAUGGACAAAUACAAUCUUCCUCAAUUUUCAUUCAUGACAAUUUUGCUAAACACAUUUAACUAAAUUAAACGUAAAUGAACGUAUUUAUAGUAUACGUCGUCAGAUAAUAAUAUCUGUCUUUGCGGUUUUGGUCAUGAUUCGUCUUCUGGAGUUUUUUUUAAUGUCCCCUCUAUCAGUUUGGUUGAAUUGUAUGUGUGUAUAUAUUGUAAUUAGCAUUUGUUGUAAAUAUUUUAAGGAAAAUUA